AUGCCAAGCAACCCUGGGUUUACACAUAGGAGAACGUGGAAAGAGAACAUUGUGGCAGCUUUUGUGGACCCUAGGGAUGCCAUCGAUUAUCUCACUGAACUCAAUCAAGCAAAUCCACCAGUUGAAUACGAUUUCCCCACCUUGCGCAUUAGAAUUUUGAGUCUGCAAGAGUGGUUUGAAAAGAUUGAUCCCGUGGAGUCUAGGAUACCAUCUAAUAUAAAAUAUAAGCUAGUACCCAGUUCAAGUCAAAAGGGAAGGUGUUAA